UUUCCCCCCCCGAGAAGAGGCUCCUCAUCCCCAGUCGAUUUUGAACCACGCAUCCCCCACAAAAACGCUCCACUCGUGCGGUCAGAUAAGCUGCUCUUCCGUACUCCUUCCCGGCGUCAUUCUCCCUGUUGAACCGCUGAACUGCGACUGGGCAAGCUAGCUAGAUAGUAUCUACGGUUGUCGAGCUAAAAGGCUACAUGCUAGGUGACGUUACUCAAAGCCUAAUGGGCUAGGUGGCUAACACGUUAGCAUGGCUAAGCUAAGCUAACCAGGAAGUGAAAAGUGACAGCGGCGUUUUCUUGGCGUUGCGCCCCCUCCUCCUCUCAUCUAUAGCCGACUUCCCUGUCACUUUCGGAGCUCUUGCACCGUCCCGAGGCGAGUUCACUCACUUUCCUCAGCCGUGUUGUGUCCUCGCAUGGGCAGCGGAGGAAACCUUAGCAACCGUAAAAGCAGAGGGACUCUGUCUGAAGCCACCCGCCAGCUUCUCAGCUCUAUCAAGUUUUUAAAGCCAAUUUGAAGAUGGCGACCAGCUCGGAGCGCAGUCCUCCUCCGUUCCCCGACUCGGAGGACCAAGACGUGCUGGACUCUGGAGACGUCGGAGGCCGAGGCAGCGACGAAGACGACGGGGACGACCUCUUCAUGAGUGUGAGCAACGCCUCACUUGGUGAGAUAGACGUCACGCUGCCAUCUGGUACGCAGCCCGGUGACGAUAUCCUGACGCCUCUCAGCGACAUAGUCACCAGUGAUCCAAUCAGCAGCCAAUCGGGAUCCAAAACGGCAAGCGAGCCCUCUGACGAGUUUGUGGAUCUCACAAACAACAUGCUGAGUCCGGGCGACUCGGUGGGUUCCGGCAGCGUGGCAACAGACGAAGAGGAAGCCGCCUGUGAAAUCCCUCUCAACGAUGACUUCGUUGACAUACUGGGAAGUGAAACUGAAGCGCAGCAGCAGGAAGUACCAGGACGGGAUGUGGAGGCCAUGGCAGGUGAAAGUGAGUUGAUAUUGGAUCUCGCUGGCGAAGCAAAACAAGAAGUAGAAGAAACUGCGCCGCUUUUAGACAUCAGUGGGAAUUCAUCAGCGAAUUCUGCAUCACAGCCACCUGGCAAAAUAGUGGACCCUUUGCUAGACUUCCUCGGAGACCCGAUGCCCGCUGUGGGCCAGAAGCAAAGCACCCCUGCCACCGCAGACCUGUUCGAAGACGAGGGCAGCGACCUGUUCACUGAGCCGCAACGGACAAAACCUGCUAAGCAGCCUCAGAAGAGCCUUUUUGCCGAGCCAGACGACGGUCUGUUUGCAGAGCCGCUCGGUGCCAAGAUGCCUGCGAGGGACAAACCUCUCACCCCCAAGGCUGUAACCGGGGGCGACGGCAAAGUUGAUGGGCCGCUGCUGGAGAGUAGCCACAGUGACAUCUUCACAGAGGAAGCUGUGGCCAAGCCACCCAGAAACACCUCCCUUGUAAACACCACUAACGGAGUCCAUGUGGAAGAAAACACAGACAUAUUUGCAGACGCCACAGUGGAGCUCUCUCUUGACAGCCCACGCAGUGAGAGAAAGAAGGAUGCCACCCCCGCCGCCAAACCUUCAACGUCUGCUGCUUCCUCGGUGUCCACCACCGCCAGUGUGGCCAAGCCACAGGUGGCUGCUAUGGAAGAGUUGGAAGAAGAGGAGGAGGAAGACAAAUUCGACAUUGCCAUCUCUGUUACCGACCCAGAAAAAAUAGGUGAUGGGAUGAACGCCUACAUGGCCUACAAAGUGUGCACUCAGACCACCAUGUCCAUGUUCCGCAACAAGAACUUCACGGUGAGGCGGCGCUUCAGCGACUUCCUGGGCCUGUAUGAGAAGCUCUCGGAGAAACAUGGACCCAAUGGCUUGAUCGUGCCUCCUCCGCCUGAGAAGAGCAUCCUGGGUAUGACCAAGGUGAAGGUGGGGAAGGAAGACUCGUCGUCAGCAGACUUUGUGGAGAGAAGAAGAGGCGCCUUGGAAAGGUACCUUCAGAGGGUGGUGACUCAUCCUUCACUUCUCCAAGAUCCUGACGUCAGAGAGUUCCUGGAGAGAGACGAGCUGCCCAGAGCAGUGAGCACGCAGGCUCUGAGCGGCGCCGGCUUCCUGAAAAUGAUCAACAAAGCGACUGACGCCGUCAGCAAGAUGACCAUCAAGAUGAACGAGUCAGACGUGUGGUUCGAGGAGAAGCUGCAGGAGGUGGAGUCUGCAGACCAGCAGUUCCGGAAGCUCCAUGCGCUGAUGGAGUCUCUGGUCAUCCACAGGAAAGAGCUCUCCACGAACACGGCCAGCUUCGCCAAGAGCACCGCCAUGCUGGGCAGCGCCGAGGACAACACGGCGCUGUCCCGCGCCCUCUCACAGCUGGCCGAAGUGGAGGACAAGAUGGAGCAGCUGCACCUUGACCAGGCGGCCAACGACACUUUCUGCUUCGCCGAGCUCAUUGCUGAUUUCAUACGGCUGCUGGGCGCCGUCCGGGGCUCUUUUGACCACCGCAUGAAGGCGUGGCAGCGCUGGCAGGACGCACAGACCAUGCUGCAGAAGAAGCGUGAGAGCGAGGCCAAACUUCAGUGGGCCAACAAGCCUGACAAGCUGCAACUGGCCAAAGAGGAGAUCUCUGAGUGGGAGGCCAAAGUGAUGCAGUACGAGCAAGACUUUGACAGAGUUUCUGCCACCGUACGCAAGGAAGUGGUCCGCUUUGAGAAAGAAAAGGCGAAUAAUUUCAAAAGACAGAUCAUAAAAUAUCUGGAGAGUCUGCUAAAGUCCCAGCAACAGUUGAUCAAGUACUGGGAGGCCUUUUUACCUGAAGCAAAAGCUAUCGCCUGAGGAGGGCGCUACACUCGAUGCCUUUCUUUUUUUUUUUCCUGCUCACACUUUACCUCCUGCCUUCUAAAUCAAGGACGAAUGUGUGCUUUGUAAAGGGAGACACAAUCACCGCCGUAUAGCUCUCUUAUUAUGAACGAAGUGUAUAUUUUCCAUGUAAGCUUCCACAAAUAUUUUCUUAGUAGAGUUAUAAGACUAUAUAUAUAACAAAGAUGGGGGUGCGCGGGGUAGGGAAAAAAUUGGAAGUGCUGGAAGUGUCGCCGUAGCACACUUUCCUUGUUUACGUCUCUGGGGACCCACACAAUGACGGUAGCCCACCUCGCUAGACUACUCAAAAGGGAUAAAGCCAAAAAAAAAAAAAAAAUUCUGAGCACUUCCUCUGCUGGAUAAAAUACUGAAAUAGCAGCUUUUCUUUUUUUGCCAGUAGAACAUGUUAUUGAGGCAUUACACCUUGGCCGUGUGUACAAUGGUGUCGUAGGUCAAGCUUGUGGCUUUUAGUGACUACGCUAAUGUUAAACAAAAACUCUUCACAUAUCUGUGCCUUCUUGUGGACGCCUUCUGUCCACCUCAGAGACACUUUAGGCUCACUAGCAAUGAAAGAAGCAUGUUUUGUUUUUUACUGCAUAUUUUCUUUCAACUUUUUUUAAUGCGUUUUUCCUUGCAUCUACUGUACGAAGGAGUAUUAGAUCACAGUAACAAAAAAAAACAACAAAAGUGGUAAAACUGCUAAGAUAAAGUUGUAAUUCUACAAGGAAAAAGCUGCUUCUCACAUAUUAUUAGCAUGUAAUAUUGUCAAAUAGGAGAUUGUUUGGACAAUGUGACUUAAGAUCCUAAACAUAAAACUACAAUCUUCUUUUAUAAAUUUCAUUUCUCUUGUAAGCUUAACAUUUUUUUUUCUUGUAAAAUUACGACAAUAUGUUUUGAUAACAUUAGGUGUUGUAAAAAAAAAAUAAAAAAUCAGAAAAUGACAACGUAUUUUGAUUCUUUUGGCUUAAUGACUCAAUUUGUCUCCUUUUUAUUAAAGCAUUUAUUGUAUAAUUAAGUCUUGUAAAAAAACAACAAAAAAAAACACAUUUAUUAGUCUUGUAAUGUUAUCACUUUUGUAAAAUCUGAUUUUUUUCAUGUAUGAAAGCUUAUUACUUUUGUUUUUUCCUAAUGACUCCCAUUUUUCCUCAAACAUUAUUUUGUCUUGUAAAAUUCUGUUAUAAAAAGCUAAUUGGUCUUGUAAAAUAAAUUCUUGUAUAAUUUCAACUUUGACAAACUAUAAAUAAAAUCUUACAUUUCCAACUUUUACAUUUUCUUUAUUUCACAACAUUUAGUUUUAUCUUGUAAAAUGACGACUUUAUUAUCGAAACAUGACUCUCUCUUUGAAAAAUUACAAUGUCACUCUCAUUUCGACAAAGCUGCAACUUAAUUCUCAUUCAGUUUUUUGCAUCUUCAUGACCCAAAUAUUCCUUCGUACUUGUGGAUGUGUGAAUAAAACAAGCAUCGGGGACUUAGGUUUUCAUGUUCAAACAAGCAUUUUUUUAAAAAAUGAUGAGCAAGUCUCUGUACGGGAUUAGUGUGACAUAUGGAGAGAAGCUAGUAAAUGCUGCUCUAAAGUACACAAAACAUGAACGAGAGUAAGCAAAAAAUCUGGUUGGUCAUGAAAUGAAAUGGUGGUUUAAUCUCUUCAUUGCAGCUUUAAUGUCAGUAAAAAAAAAAAAAAAAAAGUCACUCACAGUUCUUUUCACUGAAGAUGUUAAAUUCCUGCCAAUGUUUUAUGUCCACGUUACUAAAUGGAAACCGCUCAGUCAGAACGGAACUGCGUACGAAGAAAUGUCACCAAUGUGCACUGUGUCAUGCAAAAUCAAAUUAAUAAAAGUUGCACUGUUUACACUUGCAAUACUUGACUCUCCUGUGUGUUUAUUUCACAUCCUGCAGGUGAUAGUAAAGGUGGAUGAGAUUACACAGGUGCUGCCAAUGAUAACAUCAGCAUAAUUUAAACUGUUACUAACAUGUUUUUAAAAUUGUUUAAUGUUAAUGACAACAAGGCCAAUCAGCAGCAGUGUUGAUUUUAUUUCCAAUCAUUCCUCAAAAAAAAAAGCAACCUUUGGCUUCAGUGCCAGUCUGCCACGUAGUUCAUAAUGUUGCAAUUUGUAGAAAUGUCUUAAGUGCAUGAAGUCUUCUGUGUUGUUGACUAAUGCAGGAUGCUCAGCUGGGAAUAAGACACUUUUGCAUAACAGCCCGAUAAUCACUUGUUUACAUACACAAAUAUGGACAA